AUGCGUCGUUUCACACAGCAAUGCCCUGAGCUGCGGGCUCUCCAUGCGGCUCUUCGCCAACGAACGCAGAACCGUCGAGCACCACUGGCUUCUCUAUCUCGCGCGGCGCGCCCAUGCUGUAGCAGUGGCCGUCGCCAAUUCCAUUCGACCUCUCUCACUCUCCGCGAAAAGCCGCCUUCAGAGCCCCAGCCGACCAGCUUCCAGGACCUUGACAUGCUAGGCCAAAUUGCCGUACCAUCAACAUCGGUCGACGUGUGCAUGUCCGACGGCUUCGCCUUGAACAGUGGCAUUACUAUCACGGGAGGCGAUGGAGCGCUACUAGUCAAUGGCGAAGCAUUUGCGUGGCGUCCGUGGGAAAUCAAGGGAGAAAAGCGCAUGCUGAAUAGCAAGGGGCAACUCGACAUUCCCGCGGAGGCGCUGAGCGUCUUUAACAUCCUGUGGCCGCGUCCAGAUUUAUUGAUCAUCGGAGCGGGCAAGCAGAUUGUGCCAUUGUCGCCAGAGACUCGACGCGUUCUUUCAGAGAUGGGUAUACGUGUGGAGGUACUCGACACGAGAAAUGCCGCGUCACAGUUCAACAUGCUGGCCACGGAGCGAGGCAUUGAUGACGUUGCUGCUGUGCUGAUACCUCUUGGUUGGGAAGAGGGAGUCGGUGCAGCUUAA